UAAAAACACGAGCUUCAAAACAACGUGGGGGCAAGUUUGACUGUCUGUUUUGAAGUGAAGGCUAGCUUGACUGCUGUACCCAGUCCUAGAAGGAGUGAGCAACAUGAAGGCGUAGACACAGCACAUCCAAUUUAAAGUGGCGCAUGUCAGUUUACAAGGCAGGUUGCGUCACCUGUUUCCGGGAUGAAGCACCGCUCUACCUCUCAUAACUGAAAGGAGAUGGGACUUCAAGUUCUGCUGUACUGGCCAAAUAUUAUUGGAUACUUCAGGAUUGGCCUUGUGUUUGCUGCCUGGGCUGCCCAUGAGACACCUGCAACCUUUGUUUUACUUUAUUCAAUCUUCAUAGCACUCGAUGGAGUGGACGGCUGGCUGGCCCGGAGGCUGGGGCAGUGCUCCGGGUUUGGAGCCUGGCUGGACGUAGUGGUGGAUAACCUGGGCCGAGGCCUGCUGUGGAGCCUGCUGUUUAAGUGGGCCUGGCUAGUGUCUGCUGUGGAGUGGUGUGUGUUUGUCUGUAACCAUAGUGCCAGAGGGGACCAGUGGAAGAACAGUUUCAUCAGCAGUCCUCGACUCAUACAAGCCAUCAUGGCAAACGGGUUUCGGACCCCUCUUGGCACAUGGGUGGUGAGUGGGCUGCACUGCCUCCCCCUGUGGCUGUAUGGGUAUCAGACGGGUUUACUCUCCCACUGGCUGCUCCUCCCUCCCUGGAUCCAGGCUCUGGGGGCCCUGCUGCUGGCUGCAGGACGUCUGCUGGCUCUAUCAGCGGAGAUCUGGUGUAUUUGGACACACAUUGAACACCUCACGGAGGACGAGCCGGAACAGAAAAGGGAAUGAAAGCUACUCCUAUCAUCCUGACCUAUACUGUCACAUCUAAGCUGGAAUAAUGCAGAUUUUAUUCUAUUAUCUGUAUAUGAACCUGGCCUCAGGUCACAUGUAUCUCCACAGGAAAACACUUUCAGUUAUAGCUGAGAGAGAAUGUGGAAAAUGAAAGAUAUGUUUAUAUUUAUUGACGAAUGACUGUGAUUUGCUCCCAACCCAGGUAUUACCUCUUUGCUGCUCAUUUGUCAUCUCUAGCUUUACUGCUCAAACACAUUUCAGUACCAAAGAAUACCAAUGAACGCGUGAAUAAUCCAGACUCCGUAGCUCCCGUAAGAAAUAAAAAGCUAAAAAUGCUCUUCCCUUGAAUGAAAAUAAAGGAGGAAUUUAAAAA